AUGCCCACGUCGCCCAAGGAAUCGCACGCCUCCGACACCGAGGGGGGCGAGAGACCUCUCAGAGAAAGACUGAGAAAUGCCUCUAUCAAGAGCGCACCCCAGGCAGCCGGCACAACCGCAAUCUCACAGCCCGAGCCCGAGACAGGCGCCGCCAAAAUACAGCGAAAGCGAAGUUACGAACACGUUGAGCACCUAGAGGAGGAGCCCGCGCAUAAGAGCAAUCAGGCUCGCAAGAACAAGAGAUCUAGGGAGAACUCGCCCGAGGACAAGGUCGUUGAACAAUCUGGCAAGCGCAAAUCUAGUGAACUUGAGAGAGACGAUGAGCCGGUAGCGGUAGAGGCACCCAAGUCUUCUGCGCCAUCUGCCUCCACCGCCCCUCCGGCCGCGGCAGACGGCUUGACCAAGUCUGAUGAGAGUCCAAAGACGAAGCGCAGCAGGGUCGAUGACACAACCAGUGCCGACACAACCUCUCAGACGACAUCAGAUGCAAAGGCAACCAUCGAGCCUGAAGGAAAGAUUGUUGAAGACCCGACACAACACGCCAAACCCACCACUAAUAUCCCCGCCGGAAGUGGUUUCGCAAACACCUCUGCAUCAUCACCAUUUGCUUCUCUAGCCACCACUAAAUCUACCUCGGAACAAACUCAACCCGCUACUAGUGCCUUUGCUUCUUCUGCAUUCGGUGCUCUUGCUGGCUCCUCAACCUCAGCUUUCGGCGCACUUGGCCAGAACAAGACUCUGUCCAGUUUCGCUAGCCCUGGCAGCACUCCCGCGCCUGGCGAGGAUGGUGCAAAGCCAGUGCCCGCUUCGAGUGCUUUCGGUGGUCUCCCAUCAACAGCCUCACCUUUCGCAUCUGCUGGUUCUUCUGGCUUUGGCUCAGGCUUUGGCAAAAUUGGCAAUGGUUUCGGGGGUGGCUUCGGAGGCCUGGGUGGUGGUUCCAAGCUCACCAGCUUUGCAAGCAGCGGAACUCCCGGCGUCAUUGGAUCAAGCACAAAGACAGGGAUCACAGCAUUCGGUGCGCCUGCGCAAGAAGAGGAGGAACAGUCUGGAGAUGAGGGUGAAGACGAUGCUGGGGUUAAGAGCCCAAAGCUUAUAGUCGACGAGGACAAGAAGGACACACGGUUCUACGAACAAGACAUCGAAACUGGAGAAGAAGGCGAAACCACAGAAUACACCUGUCGCGCCAAGUUGUACAAUUUCGUGGACAAGAAGGAAUGGAAAGAGCGCGGAGUGGGCGUCCUUCGUCUGAACGUCACCGAACCCAAGCCUGACGACGAGGACUCUACAAUCAAGGCCAGAAUUGUCAUGCGUGCAGAUGGCUCACACCGCGUCAUCCUCAACACUCCAGUUCAGAAGGCUCUCAAAUACGGCGAUGUCCGUGGUGAAAAGCCCACUGGACACUUUAUGAGUCUUGUAGGCUCUCUGGACGGAAAGCCCCAGCUCGAGGUUCUCCAAUUGAAGCUGAGACCACAAUUCGCCAUAGAACUCUGGGAUCAUAUUAAAGAUUUGCAGAACCAGAUGUAG